AUGACGCAGAUGGAUGAUUCCAACUUUGAUUCGCCACUGCUGAAAGCAUUGCUGGAGAAGAGAGUUCAGGCACAAAUUAUUGACGUGGACUAUUAUCGCAUCGGUGGCGGUCUGGCAGUGGAAACGGAUUACAUCAUUCGAGUAACUCCUACCAAAGACCCGUUCCGAGGACCACAGUUUGAAUCUUUCAACUUGUCCAAGACAUACAGUGCCUUCCGAAGUUUUGGACACCAACUCAAGAGUGCUGCUGCUUUCGUUGCGAACAAGGAGAAUUUGUCAACGUCAGAUUGCAGGCUUGUCCAGUACUGUGAAACGGUGAUUCAUUUGGUGGAGACACAACGAGUAACCUAUCUUGGCAAGGUCAACUACGGUUAUGUGAGAGGACUUGCAAAGAAACGAAGUCUACUCAUCGAUCAGGUAUUAGCUGCUACGCUCAAUUUCUUUCCUGAAAACUUGAAUGAUGAAUUUCAUGCAGAGAUUGCGAAUACGAUACAAACUUUUUUCUUGUCAGACCAUUGCAUGGAGGAAUCGUCAUACCACGGUCCUCCUUCGUCACCUGUAGCCACGCCAAGUGUGGAAGAAUCCAAGACGUCUGAAAAUCAAUUUACCUUUGACUCUCCAGCGAAAAUUAUUCAUGGAGUAGGUAACGCUGUUGGGGGUGUCGUUGGAGGUGCUGUCGGCAAUGUGAUUGCAGUUGGUGACUUUCUGAAGAGUUCCAUUAUUGGAGACGAAACUCCAAGGAAUGGCGAUGCUCAGUCACCAAUGAAUGUCACAAUCACUUCCACUGCACAUACACUGAGAUCUCCAGUUGUUCCCUAUACUCGAAAAUCACGGCGGAGAUUGGAGGUUCGGGCGCUGGACGAAGAUGAGUUGAAGCAAGUGGGCACUGAGGCAAAUUUACUCGUGGACGACGACCGUGCACCGGUCGAAAUGGUGCCGUCAUAUUCACAUCCUGUCUCAAAUUAUAGUUCCACAGGAAGUAGAAUUGGUGACUUAUUGGACACCAAUCCUUUUGUCUUCCUGUUGAUUGGAAUGGCAGCAGCACACAUGGUCAAGAAGGCAACAACAUUCACUGUCUCCAUGGAUUUGGAUAUACUAUUGCUUCUGACAUGGGCAGCAUUUUGCAUCGGAUUGCAUACACCAAGACCACUUGUUAGUGGUGUUGACAAAUCCAACAAGCCAUCUUCCGCGGUGAAGGUUCGACCACAGCUACGGCGAGGACCCGAGCGAAGCGGGCGGACGUUGCUACGAAUGGCGAUGGUGUCAACACCAGAUAAUAAUUCAAGGCAUCAUAGUUUCACUUCGGAGCAGCAGAUCCAGUCAAUACGAGAAGAAGAGGCGGACAGCAAUGCGAUGCUUGUCUCUAUUCAACCGCCACUUCCUAAAUUUCCGGAUGGGGCCGAGCUGGGAUCCAAACUAAAUUGUUGGUCGGAACCUGUGCACACCGAGUUUCAGGUUCGUGGAGCAAAAUACUUGGAGGACCGAAAGAAGAUAUCAUCGGAACCAUUCUUGUUUCCGAUACGGGCGGUUGAUCUUUUUCUGACUGAUGCAUGUCCGCAAAAUGCCGGAACCAAUCCAAGGAUCUUGGGCGGCGAACUUCGCAAAGUACCAACAUUCCUUCUCAACUUUCGGCUUCCUUGGGGGGUUUUGCUGGCAUAUUUUGAGAUUCCCGAACGAUUUGUUCCCUUUGUGCUGGCAGGUCAUGAUCCUGAUUUUGACGAGUCUGCUCUACCAUCCAUGGAUGAUUUUAGUGCCUCGGAUCGAUGUGUUGCAAGGUUUCUCCAAGGAUCGGUCAAUCACAAGAAUACUACACUCAAGAUUGUCCCAAGCGUGGUGGAAGGUCCGUGGGUGGUCAAGUCGGUCGUAGGAGGAAAACCGGCUAUCAUUGGAAACAAAAUGCCCGUCAGCUACUACUAUCAAAAGGCAGAGGGUGACAAAGCAUUGUAUCUCGAAGCUGAUUUUGACAUUGUUGCUUCCUCCGCGGCGCGUGGGAUAUUGUCUUGUGUGAGGUCCUACACCCAAGUCUUGACCCUGGACUUGGGUUUCGUGGUUCAGGGGAAUGGAGAGGAUGAGUUGCCGGAACAAAUGCUGGUGGGAGUCCGCCUUCACGGCAUCGAUCCACUGACGGCUCCGCCAUAUCCAUCACCAAAUGACCUGUUUUCUAUCCAGUCGGCUGGUGCAUCAGAUGACGAAGACGACGACAGUGGCAUCUCUUCCACAAUAUGA